UAUCGUCCAAAGGUUAACAUAACCCACUAUGAUAAUGGGACAGUCAGCUACCUGAACAAGAAAAGUUUUGUCUUUGAUCUUGACAUGUCUGUCGGUCCUGAAUCAGAUACCUUCAUUGCAGUUAACAGCCCUGUUUUUACUAUUGCUAAUUGGCUCAAGAACGCCCCUGACCUGAUCCAGAAAGCUUGGCAACUAAUUCACGAGUUAUCUAAAGCUGAUGUCAUAAUAGAACUGUCAGUUGGAGGCUUCAUAUGGGGCUAUCCAGAAAAGUAUUUAGAAUUAGCACAAAGGAUCCUUGGUGAAGACAUCGUUCCUUUCACAAACUUUGGCAUCCUGAUGGGGUAUAAUAACAGUGAUGAUGGUAUAUGGUCUGUGUAUACUGGUCAAGACGAUCUCAUGAAGCUUAAUCAGAUGGAUAUGUGGAAUAGAGAGAGGUUACUAUCAUGGUGGACUACAGACUAUGCUAAUGCCUUAAAUGGCACUGAUGGAACGAUAAUGCAUCCAUUCGUAGAUAAAGACGAAGAAGUGUAUGUCUACUCCACAUAUGUGUGUCGGUCUGGUCUAUUGCUGUUUGAAGGCUACAGAGAGUUUCGUGGUGUAUGGCUCUAUUAUUUUAGCGCACCUGAAUAUCUGUAUGCGAACGCCAGUAUACACCCACCUAAUAUUGAUUUUUGCACUCCUGACCAAACCACUUGUCCCCCUUCUGGAUUGAUUAACGUCAGUGUAUGUUAUUUCCAAGCACCCAUCUACCUAUCAUCACCACAUUUUCUCUACGGAGACGACAUGUUAUUUGAUGACGUCAUUGGUAUGAAACCAAACUUUAACAUCCAUGGACUGGAGGCCGAAAUUGAACCGGUAAAAACGUUUUAUUUCAUAUAUCUUCCCUUUUGUGUUUGAUAGGAGUAUCGAUUUGUUUGCUAUUAAGGCAAACCCGUACACGGGUCGUGUGGUCCAGUGGUUAGAGCAUUGGACUCAUAAUCGCAAGGUUGUGCAAGGUUGUGAAUUCGAAUACCCACUCUCCCAUUGUCUCCACUUUGAUAAAAAAGGCACAAGGGUAAUAUCUGUCGCCUAUUUAUAUAAUAUAUUCAAUUUACGUAUUUUCGAUCGCUUAGACGUUACAAUGUUGCCGUUCCCAUGAUGCAACUGCAUGAUGCAAUAACCAAAAUAAUUACACUUAGGCCUACAUUUUGGUGUUUAUGUCGCACCAUUCCAUAGAAGCGUGCCAGAAGCUAUCCAAGUGCUUCCUAUCUUCAAAGAGACAAUAGAUAUAUUCUAGGAGAUAGGGGGGUUUAUUCAGAAUUUUUGGUGGGGAAGGUUUGACAAGCUUAUCCGGGGUAAAAUUGUGCGCUUAUUCCAAAAAUGUCACUCUUAUUGACCGUACUGACGCCAUUUUGGCCAUUUUGGCAAAUUUUUGACCAAAAAUGACCAUUUUGACCACUCUUUAUGGUCUCUUAGCAAACUGCUUUUGUAGCCACAUGCAAAUAAAAGGGUCUAUCAAAAGUAAAAAUCCACCCAGAUUCCAGAAAAAGUGGUUUCAUUUGCCAAAUCACAAUAGCAGUGGUCAUUUUGGCCA